UGUUGUGGUGGUUGAAGUUGAAGAAGUUUUUAAGAGGAAGAAUUGAAGAUUUGAAAUUAGGAAUGAAGAUUCGUGAGAACUUGUGUAGGUUUUGUUUAUUGAGAAAGAUUUUGUAUCAAAGUUUGACCAGGUUCCUACACUGAACUACUACUGCUAUUUAUAUUGUUUUGGAUUGGGAAAAUUAUAUGACUGGGGUCAGGUAAUCGAUCCUAUCUGAGCCUUAAUCAGAGCAACGUGAUCUUGGGAUAAUUAAUGUAUGAUUAAUUAUAUAAAUGUGUGUAGUCCCAAUGAAGUAUUAACAUCGAAAAUAAAUGUGUUUAUGAGUUAUAAUUAUGCUUAUAAUAAUCCACUGCUGUAUCCCAUAUUAUGGUGAUAUCAUCAUAUGAAAUAUAAUCACUAUCAUGCAUGCUAAACCUGUGUACUUAUUCUCAAUUACAACAGUAGUCAAUACUCAUUUACAACAUCCACCAUUGCCAACCUUAUUCGCACCAAUCUCACCCUCUUCGACACCUCUUUACUCACAAGUAGCUACUCAGAACGCACUUCCAUUUCUCGAAAAACAAUCUCGUGUUAUCUUCAGCUCUACGAAUAACACGACCCCACGUACCUGGCGUGUAGGGUCCUCUAAGUUUUCAGUUUUUUUCACUGUCCUACCCAAAUCCUUGCCCAAGUUUGACCCUUUCUGGAGAGCUCUUCUCUCAGCUUAUCCUUGCGAGAUUAACAUGGGCAUCACUCUUGGCUCACAGUCUUCCCCUGAUAUAUGUGAACUCCAUCUAUCUACCAGUGCUGACUGCGAUGAUUCGUCUUUCCCCACUCAAGCUGUUGUUUGCAUUGGCACAAUUGUUUGCCAUGUUUUUCUAACCAAGCUUCCUUGUGUUCCUUAUCAUGAUCUGGCUACACAACUUGUCAAAUGUAUGUCUGCUUUUGGCAAAGUGCGGGAGAUUACCAUUCAUGAAUCAUAUGGGUUUUUUGACGGUUCUGGCUAUGUUGUCCUCGCCAAUACACCUACUGACGAUGUGCCAUCAGAUUCUCUGACAUACCAAAUUGCAUACAACGAUAUACAAAAGAUUCUUGCCAAUUGUCUAUACAUUACCAAUCCUUCCAAGACGUCCAACAAGCGCUCCUGCCACCCCAGCCACAAUUCAAAGCUCGAUCGCCCCAUCAUUGCACCCAAGCCUUUGAUUCCCACUGAGCUCUCACUUGUCUAUGGAGGAUCAGAGGCCUUCAAGCACAACAGUUGUCAACCUGCUUUGCGUGAGUUGUCUAAGCUGUCUCCCACAAAGACCCUCUUUACUCUACCAACACCAACUGAGAUGCCCAUGUCCUCUGGCCCUCGUCCUUGA